CGACUUCGACUCCCGGAGGCCUUUGCGGCCGACUAGGGUGACUACGUUUCCCAGAGGCCUCUGCGGCGCCGCCACCGGAAGCGGCGAGCGAGUCGAGUGUCCUUGCGCGCGGAGCCGAGGGACCAUGGUGCCCCGAGUGUGGUCGCUGAUGAGGUUCCUCAUCAAGGGCAGUGUGGCCGGGGGUGCCGUCUACCUGGUGUAUGACCAGGAGCUGCUGGGGCCAAGUGACAAGAGCCAGGCUGUCCUUCAGAAGGCAGAGGAGGUAGUCCCCCCAGCCCUGUACCAGUUCAGCCAGUACGUGUGUGAGCAGACAGGUCUGAAGAUACCCCAGCUCCCAGCCCCUCCAAAGUUUAACUUUCACAUCCGCGACUCCUGGAAUUCAGGCAUCAUUAAGGUGAUGUCGGCUCUGUCGGCGGCCCCCUCCAAGGCUUGCGAGUACUCCAGGGAGGGCUGGGACUACCUGAAGGAGCGAAUCAAGUAGCCUGUCAGAGGAGGCCACCUGCCCCAGCCAGGAACAGGGGCAGGGAUGCCAUAGAGCUGGAGACUCCAGACUGGGACUGAGACCCCACGCCAAGGGCAGCUCCCAGCCUUGCUGGCCCAAUAAAGGACUUUGGAAGUGUU